AUGAUUGCCUUCGCAGGGGGGGGUUGGGCCGUUUCGGAAAAAGGGCUCUUUAUUAGGUUAAGGAAAAAGAGGAGUUUUAUUCCUUCCUUAGCGGCUUUAAAGUCUUCAAAGACUCUCUGUGAGGAACUGUUGAAGUGGGAUCCUAAUCGGAGAGCAGCCUCGUGGUUGUCUAAGAAGAUCCAGAGAUCUGUAGCCAGUUUGGUUGAUGCUAGAGUGAGGGCUUUUGCUGCCCCUGCUACUGCAGCUGUAGCUUCUGCAUCGAACACUUCUGCAUUUAUAUCUAAUGAGAAAGAAUGGUAUGCUAUCUGA